GGCCCCGGUAAUGGCCACAUGAGGGCCCUGCGUCCUCCGCCUCCGAGCCGCUCUCCUCAUUUCCAGUCUGUGCCAAACUCCCUCCUCCUCCUCCCUCCGCCUCUCCGCCUGCCAGAAGCCGCUCUCAGGCCGCGGAGGGGAGCGUUCAUACCCCGCUGUCGGCGCUUAGCGGAUGGGGCUGCCAGUCUCCGCUUGAACCGGAGGGAGGGAGGAGGAUGAACGGUAACCCGUGUGCCCGCAGGCUGGCCCGGCGCUCCCGGUCCGCCCUGCUGGUCGCCGCUCUGGCCGUCCUGCUGCUCCAGACUCUCAUCGUGUGGAACUUCAGCAGCCUGGACUCCGGGGACGGAGGCUCCAGGAGCCGGGAGAAAAGAGACGAGCGGACCGGGGGGCUCAACAAAGCAGACGGGGAGCACCGGAGGAGAGGGCUGCAGACGAAGGGCGACCCGCCGCCGCUGCUCGGGAAGGCGGCUGCUCGGCACAAGCUGCAGGCGGACGUCUACCGCUCCCACCGGCCCAAAGAGAAACUUCGCCCGGACAGCAACAACAACGAGAACUCGGUCCCCAAAGACUUCGACACCAUCGACAGCAACAGCAACCUGGGAGCUCAGUCGCAGAACCAGCCGAUGGGAAGCAACAAACGAAAGCUGGAGAAGGUCCAAGCUCAGAGCGUUCUGGCCAAAUCUGACGUCCUCAAGUUUCCUCCCGUCCAGCCCAGAGUGACCAUCCACAACCGCACCCACGUCCAUAAGGCCCACCCCCAGCUGCCCACUGCCCCGGCACCGGCCCUGGGGUCCAACCAGGAGCCGCCCUCCUACCAGAGCAGGAAGCCGGCGUCUCCGUCGCUGCCGCCCGGCCCGGAGGCCAAGAAGGAGCUGCCGCAGUGCGAGAUCAGCGGCAAAGAAGCCAUCUCAGCCCUGUCCAGAGCCAAGAGCCGCGAGUGUCGGCAGCAGAUCGUGGAGGUGUACUGCAAGCACAAAGAGAAGAAGCUGAUGCCAGAGAAAGUGCCUCGAUACUGUCCCAUUGAAGGUAAAGCUAAUGUCAACGUUCAGUGGGAUGAAGACGCCUCGGACAGCACCACACCUGUACGUAUCGCCUUCGUCCUGGUCGUCCACGGUCGAGCUUCACGACAGUUCCAGCGUCUCUUCAAAGCCAUCUACCACACCUCGCACUACUACUACAUCCACGUAGACCAGAGGUCCAACUACCUCCACAGAGAGGUUCUGUCUCUGGCUGGCCGGUACCAGAACGUCCGGGUCACUCCCUGGAGGAUGUCCACCAUCUGGGGCGGGGCCAGCCUGCUGACCAUGUACCUACGCAGCAUGGACGACCUCCUCAACAUGGCCGACUGGUCCUGGGACUUCUUCAUCAACCUGAGUGCUGCCGACUACCCCAUCAGGACCAACGACCAGCUAGUGUCUUUCCUGUCCAAGUACCGCAACAUGAACUUCAUCAAAUCCCAUGGCAGAGACAACGCACGUUUCAUUCGUAAACAGGGUCUGGACCGACUCUUCUAUGAGUGCGACACUCACAUGUGGCGUCUUGGUGACCGCAAAAUCCCUGAAGGCAUCGCCGUGGACGGAGGCUCCGACUGGUUCCUGCUCAACCGGCCCUUUGUGGACUACGUGGUCAACUCAAGAGACGAGCUAGUCGGCAGCAUGAAGAGAUUCUACACCUACACACUGCUGCCUGCCGAGUCGUUCUUCCACACGGUCCUGGAGAACAGCGCCCACUGUGGCACCAUGGUGGACAACAACCUGAGGCUCACCAACUGGAACCGCAAACUGGGCUGUAAGUGCCAGUACAAACACAUCGUGGACUGGUGUGGCUGCUCGCCCAACGACUUCAAGCCAUCAGACCUGCCGCGGUUCCAGCAGGCCUCCAGACCAACCUUCUUCGCCCGUAAGUUUGAGGCCAGCGUCAGCCAGGAGAUCAUCAGCCAGCUGGACGCCUACCUGUUCGGAUCAUUGUCCUUGGGAAUGCCGGGCCUCCAGGCCUACUGGGAGAACAUCUACGAGGAGGAGACGGACGGACCGGCCAGCCUGUCAGACGCCACGCUCAGCCACUACCACGCCUUCGCCCGGAUGGGCCUGUCCAGGGCCGCCAGCUCGCUGCAGGGACACCCCAACGACAACAGCUGCAGAUACGCAGCCAUGAGCCACCCGGUGUCGGUGCACCUCUACUUCCUGUCGGACCAGUUCCAGGGCUACCUGGUGCGUCACGUGGCCACCAACCGAGCCUCCACCCAGCUGGAGAAUCUGGAGACCUGGGUGGCCCCCAAAGACCACUUCAGCCUGGCCAGCCCGCCCCACAGCACCAACCGGCUGCUGCACAUCCAGGUGGGUUCUGACUGGGAUCCAAAGGAGCGUCUGUUCAGGAACUGGGGAGGCCUGCUGGGUCCGGAGGACGAGCCGGUGGCCGUCCAGCGCUGGAGCCGCAGCCAGAGCAACCUGACGGCCACCGUGGUCUGGAUCGACCCCACCAACGUCAUCGCCGCCACCUACGACAUUCUGGUGGACGCAACCGCCGAGGUCACGCACUACCGGCCGCCGCUCACCUCCCCGCUGAGGCCCGGCGUCUGGAUGCUGAGGGUCCUGCACCACUGGAGCCCGCUGGGUCAGACCAGCUUCAUCGUGGCUCCGCUGGAGUUUCACCAGCAACAACCGAUACAAGAAGAGGCGGCCCGGCGGCUGCAUGGCGGCCCGGCCCGGAACUCCUACAUGGAGCAGAGCUUCCACGGCCUGAACCCGGUGCUGCGGCUGCCGGUGAGCCUCGGCGCCGUGGAGGAGGCCGAGGCCAACGCCGGCCUGACGGGGGCGCCGCUACGCCGCUGGCUGGACGGCCUGCUGGAGGCCCACUGGUCGGCCUCGGACGUCUGCUCCGCGGGGCCCAGCGCCUGCCCUGUCAUGCAGCGCUGCCGCCUCACCGCCUGGAGCUCCGCCAGCCCUGACCCCAAGUCUGAACUGAGCGCGCCCAGAGACGACGGACGAAUCAGGUAGCAGGCAGCCGGACUGAGGGAGGACGGGCAACACAUGAAGGAAAGCCGAUAUUUAUUUAUUUAACGUUUGUGGGAAAAUGACGGAAAACUGUCUCCUUCAGUCUGAUCUCACUUUAAUUUGGGACUCUGGAGCUUUGAAUGAAUGAGAGUGAAUGAGUUAAUGAGUGAAUGAGUGAUGGAGGAGCGUCAGAAGAACUCUUUACCUCUAGUUGUCUCCUGGUUAGUUUGCUUUACAUGUUUACACAAAAACAGACGUGGACGCUCGAUUUUAAGCUCAUUAUUUAGAAAGAAAAACGACAAACAGCUUAAAUCUGGAGCUUUAAUUCAAGAGUUAAAUCUUGUGUUUGUCAUUUAUUUUUUCAGGUGUUCUUGUCAUUGACCUGGGGUUUUAAUGCACAGAUUUUUUUUUAAAGUGUCGCCAAUCAGCAGGUGCAAGAGUUAUAAAACUACUAAUAAGCAGUGUUGUAUUCAAAUUAGCAGUCAGUGUAAUACAGAUCUGUAUAAAUCACAAAAAGUAGCAGAAAUGUGCAAAUUAAUCACAGGAAAAUGUUCAGGAGGAAAAUAAUAAUCCUGUUUAAAAUGUUAUUGAAUUUCAGUAAUGUGAUGAAGACAGAUUAUAAAGUGUUUACAGAUUCAAAUCUUAUAUUUCCAAAUCCCUAAUUUAAACUUCACAUUUAAAAGCGUUUGAAAUGGAGGAAUUAGAUCAACAAUUUAUUCACCAAGACCUCACAUUUAUUGUGCAAAUUUACCCAACUAAUUUAAAUAUUAACGUUUAAACAUACAGCAUUAUAAAUAUUGCACCACAGUCUAAUUCAUUUAUAGAUUAAGUUUAAUACUAGGGAUGUGCGCGACUAGUCUUUUAAUUGUUUAACUGCCUUCUCAUUUAUUAAACGUUUAGUAUUUUACUAGUCGGUUAAACGCUGCAUUAAGCAUCAUGCACCUUGUUCUUCGCGCCUCUGCAUCGGCUUCUUUGUAAACAGGCUGAGCAGCCAGGGAGAGAAUAGCUCCUCCUCCCCUCCCGUCACACGCACACGUAGCAGGGGGCGGUCGACCUCCAGAUGACACGUUCAUUUCUCCAAACCUACACCGCCUGCCCCCCCCCCCAAAAAAAUAAAAAUAAAUAAAUAAAUAAAUAAAAUUCAGUUCGGAAAUUAGUCGAAAUUCCCAUCCCUAUUUAAUACUUUGCAAAAUUAUACUGGAAAAAACUAAGACUUAAAGAUUCAGAUCGAUCAGCGAUGUCGUCCAGUCAAUCGAGGUGAGCUCCUUUGGUCAUGUGAUGCAUCAACCAAUCGGUGUCAUCAAUGUCACAUGACCACAGCAGAGGAAGCUGAUUCGCUGCAGCUUCAAACUGAGUUUUCAGCUUAAAUUUAAAUUUCUGAAAGUGGUUAAAUUUUAGCUACUUGAACAAGUACGAUUUUAAAUUUAAAACUUAUUUCUAAACAGAUAAAUUCAAAAUAGAUUUUUUUUUUUUUUUAAAGUUCUGGAAAAUUACAUUUCAAAGCAAACACAUUUGCUGCUUCCAGAGAAAAAUGAUUUCAAAAUAAACCACAUAGCUGUCACAAAAAAUAAUAUUUAGAGAAACUGACAUUACAUUAAGGUUGUUCUCACAAUUAAACACAAACUGGAAUUAUAAUUUUUAAUUUCUAUAAAAUCGACCACUUUACCUUCAGUCUUUAGAAAAUAAAUUCACAUUUUAACGUUCUAGCAGAUAAAGCUCUACAGCGUGUUGUUUUCUUCAGAGAUAAUGAGCCUGAAACGUUCUGAGCCGCAGAUGUUUUUCAUCCAGAGCCGGGAAGGAGUCGGCAGGAAAAAUCUGAUCAUUAACUACUAAUAAAACAUUUCAUUUGCUUAUUUAUUCCCUUAAAUUGCUAUUUUUAUUCUGGCAGCAUAAAGAUGAUUUUCACUGAUUAAUUCUUCCUAAACUUCCAGCCAGUCAUCGGAAUUUUUAAACACAAAACUAUUGUGCAAAUAUUUGGAGAAGAAGUUUUCUGAUAUUUUAUUUAAAUAAUGUUAAACGGUUGCAAGUAAACACGAAUCAAAAUAUUAGUGUUUUAUGCUAAUAAAAUAUUAUUGUUUUACAAAAAAAGCAUUAGUUAAAAGCUGUAAAACUGUAUUUUACUGACAAAGAAAGAGAUCUGUAUUUAGAUCAUCUUAAUUACAUCUCAGCUGAGCUAAUUAGCUUUUAGCAGGACUUUCUGUUAACUUUUCUCCCUUUAUUAUUAAAUUUUAGCUGCUGCAUCAUUUUUGCAGAUUUAAAAUUACGGGUUUAUUUAUAGAAACUGCAACAAAAAUUAUCAUUAAUGAGCUUCAACUUAAGGUGAGACUACAGGCAGAAAUAUAGGAGUUUAUGUUCUUGUCAGUGUAGAGAUUUUGUUUUUUUUCUUCAAUAACGUGUUUUUUAUUCAGACUAGUGGAGAGAAAAUCCACAUUUAGAUGUUUAUUUUACUACAUUCAUGCAUAUUGGUGCAUAUUCAAUGAGAUAAGGCCUCAUUUGCAUAUUUAAACUUAAUCUUUCAGACAAUUAGUUUUACAAAAUAAUGAUCUAAAUGGGAAUAAUUCACCUGUAGUGUCUCAAAAUUACUAGAUUGUGUUUGUUUAGCAUUUUUUUAUUGUUUUUCCUGACAAAUUCUAGUUUAUUUCUCCUUUUAAAUGACAUAUUUCUAAAAAAAAAAUACUAAACUUGAAGCAUUUUAAUGUAGCAUAAAAACAAGUCUGCUUUUUUUCUUCCAAAUAUAGUCUUUUUUUCCAGACUAGUGGAGAGAAAAUAGACAUUUAGAUGUUUAUUUUACUACAUUUAUGAAAAUGAGAGCAUCUUUCAUCAUUAGUAAUGCCUCAUUUGCAUAUUUAACUUAAAAUUAUCUUAAUGUAACUAAUCAGCCGAGGAAGUUUAAUUGUGAUAUCUGCUAGAAAGCACUUCCUGUUUACCCUUUUUUUGUUUUGUUUUUUCCUGACAAAUUAUAGUUUUUUUUAAUCUCCAAAAUUACAAAUUACACUAAUAUACUUGUUAAAAAGCAUUAAAAACACAUUAAAAAGUCAGACUUCGGUUGUUUUCCUCUAUAAAAAGCUUCACUUUCUUUAACUUUAUUCCUCUUAACGUUAAUCUUCAGUAAAUAAGUGACUUUUUCUUUGACUUCCUGUCGUUUACUUCCUGUUUCCUGCCCGGCUCUGGCUCAUGUUUUCUUUCUGUGCCAUGAUUGAAUCCUUCACACUUGAAGUAAGACGUUCGUUCUGCUCAAAGAGAUUCUCCUCGUUUUUUUUUCUUUUCUUCUUGUUUUUACUUCCUUAUCUGCUGUACAAACCGGCAUCCAGUAAUUUAUUCAGAACUUUAGAUUCAACGCUUGUUCUUUUUCAGUCGUUUUUUGUUUCUGAAAGCUGAUUUAGAGUGUUUGAAUCUGUCAGUUUGACCAGUUUUAACAGCGAUAAACGGCCUCCUCCUCAUUAGUCAGCCAGGUUUAGUCAUUUUUUAAAUUUAUGUUCCACAUUUCUGACACUAUUAGCAACAGCUGAGGUGUUUAAUUUUCCUUUUUAAUUGACUUAAGAUGCCAAACAGAUAAUUAUGAGGCAGCUUAUCGGUAUUACAGUUAAACUACUCCCUUCAUAAUGAUGUGAAAAGCAAAUACAGAUUAUAUUCUUGAUUUUUUUUUUUUUUUUUUUUUUUUUUUUUUUUGGUUGAUAAAGUGUCAGAAAAUGGUGAAAAGUCUGAAUCAAAGCUUAAAAUGUUAUGUUUUGUCUGAAUAUGUUCAGUUUAGCAGGAAAAAAACGACACAUUCACAUUUAGGAAGCUGAAAUCUGUAAAUUUGGACAGUUUUUUUUUUUUUUUUUUUUUUAAGCUCCGAUUUAACUUCUCUGAACCAGAUUUCUUUGUUUCAGCAGGAGGAGCUGUUCACACAUUUAAACACACCUGUAGGUUUGUGUUGUUUCACUGGGAUUGCACCAGUAAGGAUCAAAUCUGCCCUGUUUGGUUUUUAUCAAGAUUAAUCUUAAAUAAUUAGCUCUGAAAAAUACAUAAAGAGAAACUUUGCUGAUGUUUUUAUAGACAGAGGUUAAUUUUAAUGUGAUCGUAAAAUUCAUAAAUAAAUUCUAAACAGCAGCUCAGUGUUUAAAACCACCUUUAAAUGUUGACUUAACAUUUUAAUGUGGUAUUUUCCAUUUUAUAGCAGUAUUUUGACAAAUUAAGACUUAAUUGCUGAGAGUUCGAUGUUCAGGUUUAUGAAGCUGCUUAGCUUAGCUUAGCUUAGCAUAACAAAUGGAAGCCGCUAGCUUUCUGCGCUGCACGGAGCCAAACAACAAACAAACAGUGCAACAAAUCAUCUGGAAAAAGAACUAGUUGUCCAUUUCACACCAGCUGUUUAUAAAUUAAAUUAAUUUAAGACGUUUCGAGGUGAUUUCUGAAGGAUUUUCUCAGUCUAAAUCAUAAUCCUUGUUGGUGCAAUUCUCCAGAGGCCAAAACAUUUAAUUAAAAUUAAUUAAGUAAUUAAUUAAUAAUGCAUUAAUUAAGAGCUGGAUAUAUUUUGUUACAGAAAAUGGGCAAUUAAAUUAAUAUAUUGAAUUUAUUUCUACGUUUCCACACAGCAGUUUUCAAUCCGGAUGUUUCUGCGUUUGUACAUUUACUUUUAAAACAUUAUUUCAGUGUGCUGUUUUUCUGCAAGUCUAAAUUUAUUUAUUUAUGCAUUUAGAUGUGAUUAUGCUAACUAGGUGGGCGGAGCUAAUCUCAGCCUAAAACAGGAUUGGCCAGCUGGGCGAAUCAGACAGAAGCAAUCAAUUCCUGUAAAAAUCUACAAAAACAGAAGCUAAUAACUGUAGAAAUGUGGAAAUUAAAACUGAAAGAAAUGAAGAAAAUGUAGAAAUACAGAAAUGAAUACAAAAACAAACAAAUUUCGAAAUAAAAUGUAGAAAUACUGAAAUAAAUAGAUAUAAAACUAGAAAAACGAUGUGGAAAUAUCCUAAAAGAAACUGUUUAUCUGUGGAAAUGUAGAAAUAAAUUAAGACAUUAAUUCAGUUGUCAUCUUUAUUAAAAAAAUAAGUUAUUUUCUGUGUUUAAUAAUUUAAUUUAGUGUUUAUAUUUAUGAUUUUGUUCUCCGUACAUCCACACUCUUCUUUACUACCAAAAACCCACUAAUAUUUCAUCUUUUUUAACUAAAUUAUUCCAGGAUGUGAAGUUGCCAUAAGACAAUAUAAUUAUUAUUAAUAAUAGUAUUGUGUUACUAUUAUUGGGACUGAAACUGGAGGUGAGAGUUUGUUUAUUUUCUGAUUUUAGGGUAAAACUGUGACAGUCGACACUUAAAGGACACGAACAGAACGUGAUAUUUAUGCUAUAAUUUAUUGUUUAAAAUGAUAAAUGUUCUGCUGUUAUUUGCCAAAUUUCAAACCUGAACUCAAAGUAAACACAGACUUUAGAGUCGUUUUUCAUACGACGAGUGACUUUUUUUGUGUAGAUCGGUAUUUUGUAAAAAUACUAAAUAGACGAUGUGCUGUGAUGCUCUUUAAGACGUUUCGAUGGCGUGAAGAUGUUCGAUUGUGGAGGAAAAUCCCAGCCGAGAGGUUUCAUUUCUCUGUUUGUUUCAUAUCCAGACGUUCUGUUUGUUUGUGUGUGUGUUUGUUUGUUUGUUGUCGUCUCUGCUGGGACUCGUGUCGUGCCUUACAGCUGUGACUCCUCAUUUAAUCCUCUGAAAGCGUCAGAAACCGUCUCUAAUGUUCAGAAACCAAACUGUUGUGAAUGCCUUAUAAAUGACCUUUAGUGGUUUUGAAGUUUUUUUUUUUUGGAAAUAAAACUGAAUCUCCCUUUAAA